ACUAGUUAUCCCCCUCCCCGGUGUUGGACGAAUGCUUCGCGUCAAUUGACAUCACAAACCCUAAAUUCUAUCUUCUCAAACCCUGACGGAAUCAUCACAAAAUCGCUGCUUGCUGCUUACUCCUUACUUCUCUUCCAAAUUGGAGCAAUUCUCUGCCUCUUCACUCCACCAUGUCGAGUCGGAGCGGGAGGGAGCGGAUUAGGAGGGAUUACCCUCCAAGAAAUGAGGAUAGGGACAGUGGUGCUAUGGGGCGAGGCAACAGCAGUAGUGGCAAGAAUCCCCCAUCCAGGCACCUCUGGGUUGGGAACCUGUCCCACAACAUUGUGGAGGACGACCUUGCUCAUCAUUUCUCACAGUUCGGGCCGCUGGAGACUGUCGCCUUCCAGCCCGGCCGCUGCUACGCCUUUGUUAACUUCAAGAGGGACCAGGAUGCUAUUGAUGCCAUCAGAGCACUGCAAAGUUUUCCUCUUGCUGGCAACACGCUUAGGAUCGAGUUUGCGAAGGCGGAUAAGCCAGUGACAACAGCAAGAAAUGAACAUUACUCACGGGAUGAACGAAGCUCCUCAUUUAGGGGAUCACCUCCCUCCCAAAGGGACUUUAGAGGACGCCAUGGUAGCCCCCCUCAACCGGUUUAUUCGGAGAAAUCCAAACUGAGUGAUAAAAGUCCAGAACCCAGUGAGAUAUUGUGGAUUGGAUUCCCUUCUUCUCUGAAGGUGGAUGAAUCCAUUUUAAGAAAGUCAUUUUCUCCAUUUGGUGAGAUAGUGAAGAUUACUGCAUUUCCAGGUCGUACUUAUGCCUUUGUUCGCUUUCGGAGUAUUGCGUCAGCACGCAGAGCAAAAGAUACUCUGAACGGAAAAUUAUUUGGAAAUCCCCGUGUACAUAUUUGUUUUGCCAAGAAUGAAGCAGGUCCAUCAAGUAGUGGGAGGAGCUCAUAUAAUGCUCCACAUUCUCCACUUUACAGAUCCAGUGGCCGUGAAGGAUCAGCUGAGGACCUCAGGCUGGAGAGGAGCUUCAGGGAAGACCAUAACAUUAGUUCACCAAACUUCCUCACAAAUUGGGAUCCCGGAGAUUCUGAUGCUUAUGAUUUUAAUAGGGGCUCAUCAUGGGUUAGUGGAAGAAACACAUAUGAGAAAAGAAAAGUUGGCGAGAAAGGAACUCCACCAGGAUUUGGAUCAUCACAUGAAAUUCAUGAAUAUAUGAGUGUUCCUUCUAGAGAAAGACAUGGAUACCUGGGGGAUUUGCCACAGAGGUUUCCUGAAAAGGGUGCAUUCUUUGAAGAUUUCCGGACGUUGCCAGAAGAUGUUUACUAUCUACGCGAGGCGAAAAAGCGGAAGACCAGUUCUCCUCCUCCGGACAGAGAGCUUCCGGAGUAUCCUUUCUCUGAGUUAGAAAGACAGAAAGGUGUUUUCCCACGGUUAUCUGGUUUCUGCCAACACGAAUCUUUUAAUAACGACGAUGGAAAUGUUGCUUACAGACAGACCCUUGAUUACCCACCAAAUUCACCUAUGGCUUCUUUAGAUAGACAUGAAGGCUGGAAAACUUAUGAUAGUUUUCAAAUGGGUCAUGGUGCUCUGCAAUCGGAUUUUGUAUAUAAGAAAAGAUUUUCAUCUGAACCUGAUAAUUCGUCUUUAACUGAGUGGAACUGGGAAGGAACUAUUGCUAAAGGUGGAACCCCUGUUUGUCGCGCACGCUGCUUCCCAGUGGGGAAAGCCCUGGAUAUGAUGUUACCGGAAUUCUUGGAUUGCACUGCCAGAACUGGUUUAGACAUGCUCUCAAAGCAUUAUUACCAAGCAGUUGGUGUUUGGGUUGUUUUCUUUGUGCCUGGAAGUGAUGCUGAUAUUGAAUUCUACAAUGAAUUUAUGCAUUAUCUGGAGGAAAAGCAGCGUGCUGCAGUUGCUAAGUUGGAUGAUAAGACCACCUUAUUUCUUGUACCUCCAUCAGAUUUCUCGGAGAAAGUGUUGAAGGUACCUGGGAAAUUGAGCAUAUCAGGAGUUAUUCUUAGACUGGAGAUUCCUGGUUUAAAUGAUGGUCCUUUACAUGUGCAAAGAGAAACAAACAAUGAAAAACUGUUGCAUUAUAACGGGAAUUCAUUGUAUCCAAAGCCAUCAUUCCCUUCAGUGCGUAUUCAUUCCCCAUCUGUUUCAGAAUUCGGUAGUUUUGGAAUGAGCAAUACUUCUUUCCUUGGAAAUAAAAUUGCUCCAUCAGUUCCUGCGGUUGGCUUGUCUGAACCACAUGGUGAAAGAAGCCUCGACUAUCCACCUGUCCAGCAGCAGAACCCAAACUGGUUUUCUCACAAUAUGCAGAAUUCAAUCUCAACCCGAAUACCACCGCAACUACCAAGUGGUUUUAUCAAACCUACUUCUGAGGAUGGCCGUGCCAUGAUUCCAAGGGCAGAGGCAGAUGCAAACUCAAAUCAACACAGCAGUGGAAUAUCUGGUAUUCCUAACUGUAAGUCAUCUCAGCUGGAUUUGAGACCUGUGACUCCUUUGUCUGUGCCUGUGGGAUCCCUGCAACCGGAACAGCUUGCACAACUAGCUGCAUCUCUUCUUGAACAGCAGAGGCAAUCAGGAAACUCUGCGAAUGCAUCUGCAUCGAACGAUCCUAGGCAGACCAACAGAGCUAGCAUGCCCGACAGCUCAUCCAGGUCAUCCCAAAAUUAUGCAGUAGAAAACUUGGUGAAUCCUGAAGACUCCACAUCUCAAUUUGGUCAAGCUCUACCGUUGCAAAAGCAGCAACAGGGGUCAAAUGUGCCUCCAUCGUCACAUACGAUUCAAAGAGAACCUCAAAGAGGGGUCAAUGGGAAUCAACAGGUGAUAGAUAGUAGCUUGCAGGAAGAAGCUGAAGCAGAUCCGCAGAAACGUCUACAAGCAACAUUACAGCUGGCUGCUGUUCUUCUUCAGCAAAUCCAGCAGGGAAAAGGAAGCUAAUCAAAUAGGACGGAUUGGAUUUCAGUUUAUGCUGUUACUUAUGACAGUGUGAUUCUAGUUGCGAUAAUGCAGUUCUUUCGCUAUAUCGUCAGCAUUUACUGGGUUGUACCCUUUUUCGCUAGAUUCUCUAAAGUAAGAAAGUUGGUAAAAGUGAUAAAGUGAUAAAGUGAAGAGUGAAUUACCAUUAAUUUUGUAACGUUUAUAGAAUUUGUGCCCCACUAUCUUAAUUUAAGAGUGAUUAGCUUCUCCCUUUAUUA